AUGCUUUGCACGAUAGUAUUGUGCUGGAUAGCCGCUCAAGCGAUAUGCUACAAGACUGGAUAUGGUGGUGUUACUUUGGAUCUCUGUGCUCUGCAGAUCGAUGCUGGUUUGGCGCGGCGAAAGGAGGCCAUCGACCGAGUUGCUGCCGACCUCGGUGUAGUGUUGGAGGACAAACAACGGCCAUCUGUUCCGCCAUCGGGAGCACACCCGGUCGGGUGA